UGCUCUGGGGCAGUUCGCGGCCCAGCCAGUGAGCCGGAGAGUUCCUUGUAGCUUGAGCUGCACCGAGGACAGAAGGAUGCCACCCAAGCGUAUGACUAAGAGAACGUCCCCCCCAGAAGAUGCACUCCUCAAAAGCAAGAAGGCAAAGAACCCUCGCAACCGGGCAGUGAGUUCCCUCAUUGCAUCCCACCGCACUCCAGGCACCCGAUACUUCCGAGGUGCCUGCAGGCCAAGCCCUCCUGACCAGAAAACCCAACCAGUCUCACAUAGAUCCCACCGCACAGAACCGGGUUUGGUGCUGACACUGGGCCAGGGCGACGUGGGCCAGCUGGGGCUGGGCGAGAAUGUGAUGGAGAGGAAGAAGCCGGCCCUGGUACCCGUUCCAGAAGACAUCGUACAGGCGGAGGCCGGGGGCAUGCACACCGUGUGUCUAAGCAAAAGUGGCCAGGUCUACUCCUUUGGCUGCAACGAUGAGGGUGCCCUGGGAAGGGACACAUCAGUGGAAGGCUCAGAGACGGUUCCCGGGAAAGUGGAACUGCAAGAGAAGGUGGUACAAGUGUCAGCAGGAGACAGUCACACAGCAGCCCUCACCGAGGAUGGCCGAGUCUUUCUCUGGGGCUCCUUCCGGGACAAUAAUGGUGUGAUCGGGCUCUUGGAGCCCAUGAAGAAGAGCAUGGUUCCCGUGCAAGUGCAGCUGAGUGUACCUGUGGUGAAGGUGGCCUCGGGAAACGACCACUUGGUGAUGCUCACAGCUGAUGGUGACCUCUACACUUUGGGCUGCGGGGAGCAGGGCCAGCUGGGCCGUGUGCCUGAAUUAUUUGCCAAUCGUGGUGGCCGGCAGGGCCUUGAACGACUCCUGGUCCCCAAGUGUGUGAUGUUAAAAUGCAGGGGAAGCCGGGGCCAUGUGAGAUUCCAGGAUGCCUUCUGUGGCGCCUACUUCACUUUUGCCAUCUCCCUCGAGGGCCAUGUGUAUGGCUUUGGCCUUUCAAACUAUCAUCAGCUUGGAACCCCAGGCACAGAAUCCUGCUUUGUACCCCAGAACCUGACCUCCUUCAAGAACUCUACCAAGUCCUGGGUGGGCUUCUCUGGUGGCCAGCACCAUACAGUCUGCAUGGAUUCAGAAGGAAAAGCAUAUAGCCUGGGCCGGGCCGAGUACGGGCGGCUGGGCCUCGGAGAGGGUGCCGAGGAGAAGAGUGUACCCACCCUCAUCUCCAGGCUGCCUGCUGUCUCCUCGGUGGCUUGUGGGGCCUCUGUGGGGUAUGCCGUGACCAAGGAUGGUCGUGUUUUUGCCUGGGGCAUGGGCACAAACUACCAGCUGGGCACAGGGCAAGAGGAGGAUGCCUGGAGUCCCGUGGAGAUGACAGGCAAACAGUUGGAGAACCGAAUGGUUUUAUCUGUGUCCAGUGGGGGCCAACACACAGUCUUACUGGUGAAGAACAAGGAACAGAGCUGAUGAAGCCUCGGAGGGCCUGACUCCCAGCCCCUACACCCUCCCUCCUGGAACACGGGAGCCGUGGUGACUGCAGACUCCCUCAGGCUUCCCCUAGCCCCAAGUACUUUGUCAUCUCCUGCCUUUUCUCCAUCCACAGAACAGAAUCAUUUUUUUCUUCCUCCUUCCUGGAAUCAUCCUGUACCCUACAGGAUGAAGGGAGGGGAGCGGGUUUUGUGGAACUGUUGCUCACCCUAGAACUAUGUGAUUAGAUCGUUCCCCCUCCUCCCUACCUCCCAUGGUCCUAGCUGACCCUGGUUUUGUCUACCAAAAACCGAAACUUCCUCUCAGGGGGGUUUGGUUCCCACACCCUGAGAAGUCGGGGCCCCAUCAAGCCCUACUCUAGUCAUGUGCCAGUCUUCCUGCCCUUGAUCCACACGCAGACAAACGGUACAGUUGUUAGAUCCAGCUGUCGUGGACCUGCGCCUGGGGAAACUGGAGAAGGGGCAGGGCUACCAGCCACAGGCAAGCCCAAGCCAAAUAUUUGGCUCUAAACAGGUGUCUGUGGGGCAGACAAAAAGACGACGAUCCUCUGCUUGAUUAAAAAAGCCGAUUAGCCUUUCUCCCAGAAGCACAAAGCAUUCUGCCCUGCACUGCCGAUCCGAAAGGGCCCAAAAUCUGGAAAGGAAGCGAUGCCUGCAGAGCAGGACAUGGGGGGAGAGGGGAAGGAGAGUUUUCUAAAUGAACAUAGCAAUAUCAGGAGUGAAGGAGGGGCAGGGAAGAGGUUUGGAUGGGCAGAGGCUGGUCCCCAGAAAGCGAAGCAGCAGCUUGUACAGUGAGAAAAUAGCAAGCAGUUCAAUUUUUUUUAAUGUAAAAUAUUUUAGAAGGGAGAGUGAAAUCUUUUAACAUUUUGAAUAAAUUUAGAGUUUUAUAAAACAGGCCACUUGUUUUCUACACACUCCCUGCUUUUUUAAGGGAGCAUCUGCUGUGUUGGGAAGGGCAGGAUAAACCCACACCUGUGAACCUGGCCAAGACUAGAACUUACGGUGAUGUCAAGAUGUCCUGAUAUGUGCCUGUCAGUUGUUGAUGUGACUGUUCCAUGCAAAUCAAAAAAUUUUUUUGGAUUUUUGCUUAGGUAUUUAUGUUUCAGGAAUCACUGUAUUUUUAAAAAAGAUUAUGCUGCAUAAUAUGAGAGACAUGGAAUGGUUCUUCAGCAUCCUAGUCCCAAACCAGAACAAUACAUCUCUAGAAAUAUCAUUUUCAACAGCCGAUGUAACUGAUCGAACAGGAUUGACUACAGAGUGACUCUCAAGACAACUUAUGUGCAUCAUUGUAGGUUUUCAGAGGCACUGGAGCAAACAAAACAGCUGAUCUGUCCAGUAUGGUGGUCACUAGCUUUAUGGGGCCAUUUGUAUUUAAAUCAAUUAAAAUUUGUAAAAAUUUAAAAUUCCUCUGUUGCACUGGCCACAUUUCGAGUCCUCAGUCAUUACAUGUGGCUAGUGUUAUAGCAUUGGGCUGUGUAAAUGUAGAAAUACAUAGAACAUUUCUAUAAUUGCAGAAAGUUACAACGGACAAUGUUGAUAUAGAAAGUCUAUAUAUGUAUAGCAGGAAAGUUUUAUCAGUGCCAGAAAGAUUCUUCUUGGAUGUAAGUGACUCUUGGAAAAAUGAAUAUGCUGUAAAAUAAUUUAAAAUGUAUUCUGUGAUUUUUACCCCCUUUGAACUUUUGGUUUUGAUGCAGAUGCUAUACUGAUGAGAAAUUGACUUCUUAGAAGGGAAAAAAAUCACACUUUUGAUUAUAUUUUCUUUGUAAAGAAGCACUUGUAUGUUUGCUACUCCCCCCACCCCUUGCCAAACUUCAGUUGGGUUAGAGUUAUAGGAAUUUUUUCCCUUUUGACAAUAUAGCAGGUUGAAAGUACUGUUCUGAAUAAUAGCUCUUAUGGAUUGGGAUUUAUAAUGAACCAGACAUUAUGCUGAGCACUUUAUAGGCAAUAAUAUUUUAUUCAUUCCUUACAUCAGCCCUUUGAAGUAAUAAUUGCUGUCCCUCAGGAAACAGUUCCUGAGAACUCAAGUGACUUGCUCGAAGUCAGGUAAGUACACAGUCUAGACUGGGAUCUACCAUCAGCCUCCACCGGAGCCUGGCACUCGAUUGCUUUGCCUUGUAUUGCUUGUAAGAGUUAGAAAGCUGUCUGUCUGUCGGUGCCUUGCAUUAGAACGGCAUCAGGCAUACAGUGUGUGUUCUGUAAGUCUUCACAAUUAUGACUAUUGUACAUUUUUUUAUUUCCUGGAGUUAAUAAUUAAUUGCCUUGUCUUUCAAGUGCUUAGUUUUUUUAGUCACACCCAGUACUCUCAAUUUUAUCUUGCCCCAUCCUCCUCUAAUUUGGAUUGGUUACCCCAAAACAAUUGUAGUCAUAGUACCCCAUAUGGCUCAGCUAUAAGCAAUAUUGACAAAGUAAUAGUGUAAAUGUUCAAUACUGCUUUGACAAAAAAAAUUAUCAGAUGGAGAAGUGUGUAUGUAGGAAGGAUGAUAGUUGCUUAAAAUAGCAAACUAUAAAUGAAAAGAAAAUAUGUUAUUUGGAAAUAAUGCAGAUAGAUUCUAGGGGAAAGAUCUGGAAAUCCUCACCAGAGUGGCAGUUGGGAGUAAGGCCAGAUGGGUGAGGGGCUGCUGUUUUUGACAGAAGUUCAGCAAAUGCUUCUUUCAGUGCAUCUAUCCUGGACAUUGUAGGAAUUUGGAAACAAAUGUACACAGAUCCCUGUCCCGUGAAGCUUAUAUUCUAAAUUAAAAAUAAAUAUUUUUACAUUUUCCAUGUUUAAAAAAUAGUAAGCGAAGAGUGCAGCCCAGGGGCUAGCAAACAAUACUGAAUGUAUAGCUGUAAGUUGUCAUUUCAAGGCCUCAACACCCUAUGAGAUAAGCACUUGCCAC